CUGAGUCUGGAGCAGCAGCAGCGGUGGAGCCUCACUGCCUCUCCUCGCCUCACAGUGCGGGAAUAUAGCAGCCGGAGAGACAGAAUGGAUACGGAAGGGAGCCAGAGCAGCCUGUCCUCCAGCACGGACAACUCCCCCCACGACCCCUGCAAAAUGUUCAUCGGGGGUCUGAGUUGGCAGACAACGCAAGAGGGCUUGAAGGAGUACUUCUGUAAAUUUGGCGAGGUGAAGGAGUGUAUGGUGAUGCGGGAUCCCGUUACCAAGCGGUCGAGGGGCUUCGGCUUCGUGACAUACGCGGAACAGGCCGGCGUGGAGAAGGUUUUGGCGCAAAACAGACACGAGUUGGACUCAAAGACGAUCGACCCUAAGGUGGCGUUUCCCCGUCGGGCUCAGCCUAAGCUGGUGACCAGGACAAAGAAGAUCUUUGUCGGAGGGCUGUCAGUCAAUACCACCAUCGAAGAUGUGAAGCAAUACUUCGACCAGUUUGGAAAGGUCGACGAUGCCAUGCUUAUGUUUGACAAAACAACCAACAGACACAGAGGUUUCGGCUUUGUGACCUUCGAGAAUGAAGACGUGGUGGAAAAAGUGUGUGAGAUCCACUUCCACGAGAUCAACAAUAAAAUGGUGGAGUGUAAGAAAGCCCAGCCGAAGGAGGUGAUGACGCCGACGGGCUCGGCCAGAGGCCGCUCCAGAGUGAUGCCCUACGGCAUGGACGCCUUCAUGCUGGGCAUCGGCAUGUUGGGUUACCCAGGUUUUCAGACUACUACCUACACCAGCCGCAGCUACUCCGGCAUCGCGCCGGGUUACACUUACCAGUUUCCAGAAUUCCAUUUAGAGAGGACCCCCCUCCUGACAUCGUCCCACCCGCCCGAGCUGGCAGCCAUCCCCCUGACUGCAUAUGGACCAAUGGCAGCAGCUGCAGCAGCAGCAGUAGUUAGAGGCUCCACCCCUUCACGCACAGCUGGUUUCCUGGGCACCAGCAGCCCCGGACCAAUGGCUGACCUGUAUGCCGCAGCCAAUCAGGACUCAGGAGUCAGCAGCUACAUUAGCGCCGCCAGCCCCGCCCCCAGCACAGGGUUCGGCCACGGUCUCGGGGGUCCUCUGAUUGCUACUGCGUUCACUAAUGGCUACCACUGAGAAGACUCAGGGCACUGAGGAUGGGAGGGCUUCUCUGCUGAUGAGCCAAUCACAAUGCUGGCUGCCCAGCGAUGGCACACCCCGAUUGGCCGGCCAAGUGGCUCUACCGGGCUCCCCUGGCUCCACGUGGCUCCACCCACCGACUGAAUAUCUUUUUAAAAAUCCAGAACUCUUCUUUUUGCUGUACUAAUCUCACUUCAACAUAACGUCCCCGUUUCUCCUCCUUUUCUCCCCGUGUAGUGGAACAACUAGAAGCCCUCCUCGGUUAUCCUUGUUUUUUCUUCUUCCUCUUUUGAAGCUGAGAAAAGAAAACUGCAACAAAAAAAAAAAACCAACAACAACACACAAAAACAAAAAAAAAAAAAAAAUCUCUGAGGAAAUGUUUUUCAUCUUUGACAAAGAUGCAGAGAACUAUUCUGAUUUUUUUUUUUUUUUUUUUUUUUUUUUAAUAAUUAUUAUUUUAUUUCAAUGUGAUAUGUCAUGUUAUCAUGAGAUCCUUCUGAGCUGUUACUGAUGUGAACAGAGAGAGAAGAGGCCGUGCCGGGUGGGCGUUUUUAACAAAAGGAAGAACAAAUCCAACAAAGUCCUUUUUUAACUCAAGUGUCACGGAAACAUGGGGAAAAAGAAAAAAAAAAACUCAAAUGUAUAUUUUGGUAGUCUUUAAAAACAAAACCUUUGUAAUAUUGUUAUUAAUAUUGACAUAAUAAUGAUAAUCUGUAAGGUAUUUUAUUCUGUAAUUGGUUUUAAAGCAAUGUUUUUAUGUCUUCCUGUAAGAUAUUGUACAUAGAUGGGGGGUGGGGAGGGGGUGGGGUUUCUGAACCUGCUGGCAUGUCAUUGGUCGGUUUGGAAAGGGUCAACAGCAAUGUGACUGGACAUCAUCCACGACUAUCUGCAGUCAUCUCACUCCUUUAUUUUCUUCUUCUAUCAGUACGCAUACAGUGUAUGUGUACGGCGAAGGCCAGUCCGCUCAGACAAACACACUUCCAGGAGUUCAUUUGGCAUCUUCGAUCCGGUUCUCAACAUUUCGUUUCCAUAGAUUCUGUCCGUUUUACGCCAUGAAGAAAAAGCAAUUUCACAUCCGGCAUCCUCAUGAAAACUACUUUAGAUUAAGACGUUGGACUCCAGAUGAAUAAUAACCUUAAACAGAAGAAAUCAGGGGUUCAUGGGAUUCGGGGGUUUGACUUGACUUCCUCUUUUUUGAAAAUAUUAUAUAUAUUUUUUGCGCAAUUCACUUCUUAAUGUUUUUUUUUUUGUUUGUUUGUUUUGUUUUGUUUAUUGUUUUCUUUUUUGGAAAAAAAAAGUUCUUUUAUGUGGUGUUCUUCACCGCGAAUACAAAAUGAAGGACAUUCUCAGAGAAGCCGUUGUAAAAAUCACGAUCAUGUUCUGUCCUCUUAUCACAAUUGAAGGUGCAUGUGAUUGCGUCUGAGUGCGUGUGAGUGAGUGUUUGUGCGCAUACAUCAAGGUGUAAAAUGGAACUACUUUUUUUUUGGCAUCGAAGGAGCAUUUUGAUUGCCUUUUUUUUUUUUUUCCUUUGGUACUGAAAAAAAAAACAAACUUAAAAAAAAACAAAAAACGAUCACCCUGUUCCACUCUGGUUCAUGUGCUCCUCUUCCUCCUGACUCUCUCUUCCAUUGUCAUAUAUAGUUUUUAACAAAUUUCUGCUCCUCUGGAGGCGACGUGUCGUUGCUGACGGACCGGUUGCUGCUCCGUGUCGCGGUGAACAGGCGGGGUUUCGGUGCAGGGAACCAGAAAUGGAACAGGGUCUCGCUCCCGGCGGCCUCUGACGCGGGACGCUGGCUGGUCGGGAAAAGUGGAAGAAAAAAAACAAAAAAAAAGCUGGAACAAAUUCAACGUUUGCAAAAACAAGUAGCUUGUUUGUUCAGCCUUCUUGCUGCAGCCUUGUUUGAUGUUUGGCACAGCGGAAACCUUCCUGACCCAGUCAGUAGCUCCUCUGUCAGGCGAGCUGGGACAUAAUGAAAAAAAAAAAAAAAAAAAAAAACUACUGCUGGACACCAACACUGUAACUUUUUAACUUACAAUAAAGCAAUAAGUUAUUUUUUA